GAAUUUGAACAAAUCAUUUGAUUACUCGAUUAAAUAAUCUAAGGAGCUUGAUAAAUUAUGAUAAAUUUCGUUAUUUCGAAAAUUUCAACAAAACUUUAUUGUCCGUUCUGAGGCAAAUGAUGUUCAAUAUUUUAACGAGUAUAAGCAAGCAGUCAUGGAGUUUAAAAGUAAAAGAUAGCUAAAUAAGCUGACCCCUUCCAGUCAGAAGCAAAUUUCCAUUGGUCAAUUGAUUCAUUCGUAUUUCUAAAGCCAGCCGAGAUACAUAUUUCAUGCUGAAAUCGCUUUCAAGCUGACGGAAGAUCACGAAGGCUCAAAUCUUUGACGCACGUGAUUGUAAUUAAAAUAUCUUGUAACAUGCAAACAGAUUCUUGUAAUCAAAUAAUAUCUCAGAAAAAUGAAACAGAUAAAAAGCUACAUAAUAGAAACCAAAUAAAAAAUGAAAUGACUGGCCUUACACAUGAAUGUGGAGUUUUUGGAUGCAUUGCUGCUGGUGACUGGCCAUCACAAAUUGAUGUUGCUCAAGUGAUUUGUUUAGGUUUAGUGGCAUUGCAACAUAGAGGCCAAGAGAGUGCAGGCAUUGUUACUAGCGAAGGUGUAUGUUCAAAAUCUUUUCAUGUCCAUAAAGGUAUGGGCAUGAUCAAUAAUAUUUUUAACGAUGAAAACAUGAAAAAACUUAGUGGAAACCUUGGAAUUGGUCAUACUAGAUAUAGUACAAGUGCAGCUAGUGAAGAAGUUAAUUGUCAACCAUUUGUGGUUCAUACUGCACACGGAGCACUAGCAGUUGCCCACAAUGGAGAACUAGUAAAUACAGAAUCACUGAGAAAAAUGGUAUUAGGACGCGGUGUUGGUUUGUCGACCUAUUCAGAUUCUGAAUUAAUAACGCAAGCACUUUGUUUGAAUCCUCCUGAAGGUGAAGUUAAUGGACCAGAUUGGCCUGCACGUAUAAAACAUCUUAUGCAAUUAGCACCAUUAUCAUAUUCAUUAGUAAUUAUGCAAAGGGACAAAAUUUAUGGUGUUAGAGAUCCUUAUGGAAAUCGUCCAUUAUGUCUAGGAAAAAUUGUACCGAUUGGUAAUUUAGGAAAUGAAUCGGAUGAUGACGAUGAAGCUGAAGGUUGGGUUAUUUCAUCUGAAUCAUGUGGCUUUCUAAGUAUUGGAGCACGAUACGUGCGUGAAGUAUUUCCUGGAGAAAUUAUAGAAUUGACGCGGGAAGGUAUUAAGACAAUAGAUAUUGUUGACAGACCAGACAAGAAGCCACAGGCAUUUUGCAUUUUUGAAUACGUUUAUUUUGCACGCAGCGACAGUAUUUUCGAAGGGCAAAUGGUUUAUUCUGUUCGUAUGCAAUGUGGACGAGAACUUGCUUUGGAAUCUCCAGUAGAAGCAGAUAUAGUUAGUUCAGUACCUGAAUCUGGAACUGCCGCAGCGCACGGUUAUGCUAGACAGUCUCGAAUACCUUUUGCGGAAGUACUGUGUAAAAAUAGAUAUGUUGGCCGAACGUUUAUUCAGCCUAGUACUCGACUCAGACAACUUGGCGUGGCAAAAAAAUUUGGCGCUUUGUCGGAAAAUGUGAAAGGAAAGAAAUUAAUUCUUAUAGAUGAUUCCAUUGUCAGAGGAAAUACAAUUGGUCCUAUUAUUAAAUUACUUCGUGAUGCAGGAGCAAAGGAAGUUCACAUUAGAAUAGCCUCUCCUCCAUUAAAAUAUCCCUGUUACAUGGGGAUUAACAUACCAACAAGAGAAGAAUUAAUUGCUAAUAAAUUAGAUAAUGUAAAAUUAGCAAAACAUGUAGGAGCUGAUAGUUUGACAUAUCUUUCAGUAGAAGGACUUGUAAAAGCCGUGAGAUUUGGCAUGGAUAAUCGUGAGAGUAGUUACAUUGGCCAUUGCACUGCCUGUUUGACAGGAGACUAUCCUGACGAACUACCUAGUGAUUUGGAUUGGUAAAAAAAUAAAUUAUAUUUAUAUAUCUAAAUAGUGCCUUUGACAUCAAAAAUUGAAAAAUUGAAUUCUUUUAUACUGGUAUUAAUCGAUUGAUUAAUACCAGUACGUAAUGUUAGAAAAUAAUUCAGUAUUUAAAAAUUAAUUUAAAUAGAAUGCGCUCUCUAAUAUAUAAUAAUAAUAAAUAAAACUGGUAAUAUUUUAUUGAAACAUAUUGUUCGGAAAUGUCUGAAACGUCAAGUAAACAAAAUAAAAGGCUCUUUAUGUUUCAAUAAGUAAAUUUGCUAUGAAAGUACCGAUAGAUUAAGAAAUAAACAAAUAUUACUUGAUGGUUGA